AUGAAUGAGAGUCCUAUUCAAAACACUACCUCCACGCUAGAAUGGAGUGUGAUUGACGUAAGCUACUCGCCUCCUAGCAUCGUGGUCAUGUGCAACCACGUGCGGUACGUCGUCCACGUUCCAGACGCCGCCUUCGCAGCGCUACCCGCCUUGCGCGCGCUCUUCAACAUAUCCCCCGACAUACUGGAGCAGUUUGAAGAAGACGCCCGCGCCCGGAGCGACUUUUACAGCUGGGCGCUGGAACCAUUGCUCCCCAUCCUCCGCAAAGAUGACGAAGGGAUACCCAGGUCCUACGGCCGAUCCAUCACACUCGGCGACGUUUUAUACUCGCCAAUCGUCGAGUACUCACUAUGCGUCGAAUCGGGCAAGAUGGUUGUGCAUCCGAAGGAGCAAGGCCCCGAAACGCACUUCAUGUUUGGCGCCUCCCUGACCACCGCUCUCUGCAAUGCGUGGCCGCGCUACCUGCCGCUCAACAUUCGCCUCGACGCGCGCGACGACACUCUCUCAUCCGUCCCGCACCAUGUGCUCCUCCCCGACGGGACGCGCGCCUUUUUCCAGCUCCUGCGGCGCGGCGACGACACGCUCCUGCACAACACGCUGCUCGCGCACCACCGGAUCCGCGCCGCCGCGCCGCUCUGCGUCCAGGUGCCGCGUCUCCUCGGGCUCGUGCACGACGCGCGCGCCGUGCUGGGGAUGCUGUUUGCGGACGUGGGCUACGGCGCCGUGUCGCUGACGCGGGCGGUCGGUGCGGGGGCGCCGGCGCGCGUGCGGCGGCGGUGGUCGGCGCAGAUGAUGCGCACCGUGCACGGGCUGCACCAGAACCGCCUCGUCUGGGGCGACGCCCGGCCGGGCAACGUGGUGAUUGACGAGGGCCAGAAUGCGUGGCUGGCUGGGCUCGGGGGCGUGUCCUCGCCGACGUGGGUUCCGCCGGAACAGGCUGGCACCAUGGAUGGUGACUUGGUGGCGCUGAAGAGGAUUGUAGACUUUACAGAGGGGGGGUUUGCGAUAUAA